AAACACAACAUGGAGUGAUCUAAGCCAGGAAGGGGUUAACGUAAAGGCUCGAGAGUUGAGGAUAAAAUGAAACACGAUUUCACCAAACAACUUUAACUGAUCGGAUUUGGGUUUGUAACUUCUGCAAUUUCUCAGGAAAAGGGAACAUUAAGGACAUGCAGUGGCGAGGCCACAAGAAGUAGGCCGCAUGUAUUCAGAUCUAUCUUUCGAUCCUCGGACGCGGAUAGGAAGAAAGACUUGUAUUUCGUGAGCGUGUUCGCAUGAUAAAUAGCUAGCUAUACUGGCUUAGCUAGCUACUUUUGAAUCGCUAGCAAUAUAUUUUUAACCCAGCAAGAUAUCGGCCAGGCAAAAAUAUGAGCGACCUGCCGGACUGCAAGCAGCAGUCCAAGUCAAACAAGCGACAUGCAUCCCCGGAGCUGGGUUGCUCGUCUCCGCCAUAUAAAGAAGCUAAACAGCAGGAGGACACUGAGGAAUUAGCGCUCGACUCGAGCGAUCAAAACAGCAACGCUGCAGAGACCCGAGGGCCGACUGACGUAGAGGUUAAACAAGCGGAUGGGGAGCCUGAAAUUUCCCCGGACACGGGGGAGCGGGAGAACGAGAGUGAUACAAAUAUCGCCAGCGGAUCUUUGGAGAACGCAGACGCGCGUCCCACUACUAGCAGUGGCGAUGUGCACUCAGGGCCAGGCACCUCCGGUGACAACGGGGAAAGCGAGGCGCUGGAUGAGGCAGCAGUCGCUAGUGCGUCAGGAGGCGGCUGCGUGGUUCUUAAAGGGCCUGGACCCACAAGCCCGCGGCAGCCCUCUGACUGGGCAGCGAUAGUAGCCGCAGAAGCUCUCGCAAGUAUGACAAGAGGGGACGGGGACGAUGAGGGGAAGGAGAGGCCCUGUUCCGCUAAAGAGGGCGAAGUUAAGAAAAAUGGGAAAAGGUCACGUAAACGGGACUCCCCCAGAGCCGGUGAUGCAGGGGACAGCCCCAAGUCAGGAAAGGGUCAGAAAACUCGGGGAGCCGCAGCCGACAGCUCUACCUCAUUCCCCGAUGGGGGCGCUCUGCUGGAUGCCGCCGACGCGGAGCGAGCGGAAAAGUUGCAGGACACCGAUGAGGACGAGGAUGAUGACGACGAGGACUCUUUGCUCGGUUCUUCCUCCUCGCCCGACUUCUCCUCGGCGUCGGACGACGACAAUGCCGACGAUACAGAGUGCGCCAUCGUGUCUGUUAAGAUGGCCUCGGAGACGCGGCAGUCGGUCGCCCUGCUGGCCCGUUUGCAGCUGCAGCUCGAGGCGCUGGAGAGGAAAGCUGCCCGGCAGCACGAGCGUCUGGAGCUCAAGCUGAACCAGCAGCGGCGCCCACACCUGGAGCAACGCAGCACCAUCAUCAAAGCCAUCCCUGGGUUUUGGGUCACAGCUCUCCUGAAUCACCCUCAGCUCUCUGCACAAAUUGAUGAGAACGAUGAAGAUGCUCUCAGCUACAUGACCAACCUUGAGAUUGAGAAUAAUGGGAUGAACUACAGGAUUGGCUUCCAUUUCCGACGGAACCCUUACUUUCAGAACAGUGUCCUUGUGAAGGAGCUGCACCUGGCGCCAGGGGGCACCCCAAUGUCUAUCUCGAACCCCAUCCUCUGGCACCGCGGGCAGAAUCUGACGGCCCGCGGCCGACUGGUGAGGGGUCCCAAUGCGUACGAGUCGUACCCGAGCUUCUUCUGCUGGUUCAGUGACCACAGCAACCCUGAGAGAGAUGAGAUCGCAGCGAUCCUCAAGAAUGACCUGUUCCGCAAUCCUCUGAGGUACUACCUAACUCCUCUCUGGGAGCCCAGGCAGAAUGGCAGCACGCCAAGGGCGGCCGACAACAGCAAUGGCAGUGACUGUGUGGUAAUAUCGGACUCUGACGAUGAUGAUGAUGAUGAAGAGGGGGACAGGCAGAAUGUUAGCCAGGGCGAGGACGAGGAGGACGCAGGGUCAGGGGAAGAGGAGGGUGGCGAGCGAGAGGAGGAAGAGCACUCCGAUAGGGAGAGGGAGGAAGAUGAGGAGCUGGACGUGGAGGAACUGGACGAACCGGGCCAGUCUGGCAGCCAGGAGGACACACAUCAAGAGGAGGAGGAGGAGGAGGAGGAGGAGGAAGAUAUUGAGGUGGACGGGGAGGAGGAGGACAGUUAAUAAGUCACCUCUCCAGCUGUUUUAUAUAUACUACUUGUUAAUGGUUGUUGUUACUUAAUUUUUUUCACUGCUUUCCUAAUCAGGGUAACUUCAAGUGUGAUCAUAUGCAAAUCUCUGCCACCAGAGAGAACUUUCCUCUGCGGGUGCAGCUUUAUCAGGGCUGACUGAAAAUAUGAACUGUGUGGUGUUCUUGCCGAUAUUCUGCGGCACUUCCUUAUCUGGGGUCUGUAAUGGUGUUGCUUGGGAUGGAGCUUGCCAUCAAUAUUUGCUAUAAUAUUGCUAUUCACAUUCUGAAUACAGACACUAGCUCAACAUGACAUUCAUGACAAUGUUCAGACAAUGUUUUAUUAUUUUUUGUAUUUGCUCAGGUUUGCUUGGCUAAAUUCAUCUUCUUAAAACAAAUAUGUGGGACUAAAGUCUCCUACAUAAAAAUGUCAUAGGUUUUCAUUUGGGGUAUCAUUUUAUGGGAAAAAGCAUGGUGCCGUCAGGAUUUUCAUCACACUUUGCGAUCUGGCUCUCGGUUAGCAUAUUGUAAUUUCACUGUUGGUUGGAGGAUCUAAAUAACCGUUUUCGAAAAUAAAAAUAGCUGUUUAAUAAUGAGAAAGCAAAAGUGGGUUGU